GCGGCUUUGGAAACGGUCAAUAUCUCGUCCAUGGAAAAAAGUCGCGUCCGUUUGAUUUUUCACGAGUUUUUGACAGCGGUCUCAUAUCAAAUAAUUUGUAAUUGACCCCGAUCAAACAUAAUUUAUGAAAUUAUUUUAUAUUAACGUUUCGAAUUUUUGAUGGAGGACAAAAUAGAUGCCCUUAGCAUAACGGACGAUGAGGAAGAAUCGGAAGACGAUAAUGUUCGUCCGUUCGAAAAGAAGGGUGUUUUAAGUAAAUGGACCAACUAUCUUCAUGGGUGGCAAAGCAGAUACAUAGUUCUCAAGGAUGGGACUCUCAGUUAUUAUAAGUCAGAGAAUGACACUUCAUUUGGGUGUAGAGGAGCAGUUAGUUUAACUAGAGCUUCAGUGACACCUCACCAGUUUGAUGAGUGCCGGUUUGAUGUGGCUGUUAAUGAUUCUGUGUGGUACCUUCGUGCUGAGACCGAGGAGGAACGCCAGAUCUGGAUUGAUUCCAUUGACAAUCAUCGGCAAACUGAGUCUGGCUAUGGUAGCGAGAACAAUCUUCGGCGACAUGGCUCCCUACUUUCACUCACCUCUGGAACCAGCAUGUCCACAGCAUCUGCAUCCUCCUUCAAGCGGGGGCGUGGCCUGCAUGAGAAGCUGAUGGAGAUGGAAACAUUCAGAGACAUCCUGUGUCGACAGAUUGAGACCCUGCAGAGCUACUUUGACAGCUGUGCUUCUGCUGUCUCCCAUGGCAGUCUCAAUGACUUGACCGAGGAUGAUAUUGGUGACCCAGACGACCUGGAGGGUGUUGACAAUCAGGGUCACAUGGGCAUGCACUUUCCAAAACACUCCUCUAAAGACCUCGCGUCCAUCUUGCAGCAGCAUGGCUCUCAUGCGGUGGACUUCAAGGGUGAGUCGUUCACAUUUAAGGCCACCACUGCAGGCAUCAUUGCCACCAUGUCCCAUUGUAUGGAGCUCAUGACACAGAGGGAGGAGGCCUGGAAAAAGAAGCUUGACAAGGAGUGUGAGCGGCGUAAGAAGUAUGAGGAGGCCUAUAGGAGCCUGCUGGAGCAGCACAACAAGCAGCAGCAGAACGCCUCACGACUCCAGGGACCAGACUUUGAGGAGGGCCCACACUCUGUGAUCAAGGAGGAUGAAUUCUUUGAUGCCAUUGAUGCAUCCCUUGACAAACUGGAAAAGGAGGAGGAAGAUAAGCGUCAGGGAAAAGUGACGUCCAGACCUCCUGCUAAAAUCUCACUCUCUCCUGACAAUAGGUUCUACGAGGAGAUCAACCGUGUAGUGAACACACACAUACAGCAGAUGUAUGAGACAACUACAGAUGGCAAGGAUGUGUGGGAGUGCAUAGCAGAGGAGGGGGAGCUGAAGGUGUUCAAGCGAAAUCUGGAAGUGGACGGCAUUGUCCUGGACCCCCUCAAGGCUGUACACACAGUCACUGGUAUUACUGGCCACGAAGUGUGCUCACAUUUCUGGAAUAUCAAAUACAGAAUGGAUUGGGAAGUUACUCUGGACAGCAGCUCAGUGGUGGAGUGGCUCUCAGAGGACACGUUUUUGUGCCACAACAUCAUCAAGCGAGUGUGGCCGGCCUCACAGCGGGACGCCCUGUUCUGGACCCAUAUUCGCCACGUGCAGGGCGACACGGAUGAGGAGCCAGACCUCUGGAUUGUUGUCAACUACUCUACUUCACAUGAAAAAAUUCCUUCCAACAAGUAUGUUCGUAUUGGGAUGAAUGUUGCAAUGGUGUGUCAGACCAUUAUUGAACCCCCCGUGGAUGGUAAAAUAACACGCGACAACAUCAAGUGUAAAAUAUCAUAUACUGCUGAAGUGAAUCCUGGCGGCUGGGCACCUGCCUCUGUUCUUAGAGCAGUCUACAAAAGAGAGUAUCCAAAGUUUUUGAAGCGCUUCACAUCAUAUGUGCGUGAUGCCACUUGUGACAAGGAAAUUCAAUUCUGAUACAUUGCUUGAAAUAGUUGCAUUCCAAUGCCACGUUUUACCCAAUCCGUAGCUAACAUGCCGUGAAAGCAAGGGCCAGUGUGACACAGGGUGGUGGCAUCCGGAGUGGGCAUUUCAGUGAAGAGGAGUCCCAUAUCUACUAGCCUGCCACUACAAUCCUGGCAAAAAAGGCUCUUAAUCUAUGCUUUAUUCUACACUUGCAAAGAAGUGGUAGUAUGGAUUAUUAUUAUUAUUCGUUCUAUCUUAUGUGUGAACUUGUAACUUAUUUGUUGUUAUUAUGGGUUAACCUCUGAAGAAAAGUAUUUAUAAACAAUAUUGUUAUAAUUUCCUUCACAAACUGAAUAAUUACUGUACUUGACAUAGUGUACCUGCCUGUGAUAGCAACUAGUGCAUUGUUGUUGGGUUGUGCUGCCGUCAGCUGGUGUGCAACCGCUUGAGUCCACAAGCAUGUAUGGGGCUGCUCACAGCAGGGGCAGUGUCUAGUCACACUGGUGCAUGUGGUCUCAGGCUCAUGUGCAAUCAUUCUACUGGAUACACUGUCUGAGUGCAGCGCUCUAGGCCAGACUGGCAACAGCUUAACUACUGUGAAACCAUUUAUUUUCUAUUUCAUGAAAUUUCGAGAGUUUUUAUUGCAUGUUUAUUUUUUUAUUAAUGAAUAUUUGUUCAAGACUACUUCAUAUAAAUAAGUAAAUUUCAAUCAUAGUUAAAUGUUAAAUAUUAAAGUAACACCUUAGAACUGCGCUUUCAAACCACUUAAAGCUCAGUGUGCAACGUCACAAAAAAUGCCCAUUUGCUCUCGGCAAUAUACUAAAUUAUUGGUCUUCAAAAAUAAUAUUUAAAAAUCAAAGAAAUGUCUUGUAUAACUUGACUUGUAUAUCUGCCAAAAAAAAGAAUUGUUAUGUAAGGUGUAAUCUUUGUGGCAUUAUGUUGUUAAAAACUAUUAAACAAUUGUCUUACUUAUCUUUAUAUAAAUACCAUAUUCUUCAUUUAAUUUUGUGUUCUAUCAUCAAAAAAUGUUUUUGUGUAAUCAUAUUUUUAUAUUGCUAUUCUUCUUCAAUAAAACUUAAAUGUG